AUGGAGUGGGGUGAUUUCAAGGAGCCGGGACCGAUGAACUGCCCACGUAGCCCGGGCAAAGCCCAAGAUGAAUUAGGUUUGGAUGCACGCCCGGUUCCCAACGGAAAAUCUGCACUUUCCUGGUACAGCAAAUACAGUGGGUGUGCUGCCGAGUUGUACAACCGAGAUCGGGAAACAAAAAAACUCGCGACUUGGUUGAAAGGUGAACCCGAGUUCACGGUCCUGCUAGGCCCGCCAAGCUCCGGGAAAACUGCGCUUGCUCGAACAGUCACAUCCCUACUCCAAGCGGACCAAACACCAGAGUUCCAUCCACUAAUGAUUAAUCUUAGGACAGCGGACACUUCAAAAAAUGGCCGCUUUCUGGACGCUUUUCUGCUCAAAGCACAAGCUGCCGCGAAGGGAGGCUGGUGGAAUCAAUGGUUCAGCAGGCUCGAACUAUCGGCCGGUGACUUCUCUGUCAAGUUUAACUACAAAAAAGCUUUCCCACUAUCGGCAAAUCAGGUCUUUGACAACCUGGCAGCGCAGCUUAAGCCAUGGAACCUUCUCCACGGCGAAAGACCCCCCGUAAUAGUAGUUGACAAAGCGAACUCUUUUAAACGGAUGGAGGAUGAUACAAUACAGGCGUUCUUCGACUUUGCCAUUCAAGUUACUAAAGAGGAAGGGAAGAUGCAUAUCAUUCUCACCUCAUCUGACUCGUUCUUUGAGCAGUGGCUGGAAAAGCGUAUCAAUAAUAGUCACUUUUCAACACUUGUUGUUGUUUGCGAAUCUGGUUAUUUCCAUGAUCCUAUACAAUUCCACGCCGUCACAAAUGCGUACGCCACAAUGCAACGUGAUUUUCUUGGGAGGGCCACGACAUAUAAAGAACAGGAAGCAAUUAAAGUCUCUCAGCUUCUCCUGGACUCGCCUGGAUACUUACCGUAUGCCAACAUUGUGAAGGAGUUUGGCAAUGCAAUUGUUGAAGAAAUGAUUGAACGAAACUUCCUUCAUUACCGACCAAGUGCUGACUUCUCCAGAGAUUUAAUCAGCCCCCCUUCCGAACCGGUUGUAACUGCGCAAAGCGAACCGGCCUUACGAGCCAUGGAAGCGCUUCUAAAGGAGUUUGCGAAGAAAUCAUUGUUGUCGAAGCCAGUGGAGACCCUUUUAUCUGGAGUAUGUAUAUUCCCCAACUGA